UCAAAGAUGGCGAACGAACUGGACAGAGUGCGAAUCUCAGCUGCGGAACUCCGAGCUGAAGCGUCGAAUUCAAUCAAUAUUGCUGACUCUCAGGAAGAGGAGACACAAGAGUAUCACAUACACAAGCAGCAAAGGAAGCGAGAAGGAAAGCACCCACGCCCUGAACUGCAGCGCUACCAGCCAGUAGCUGGAAAUGGAAGGUGUCACCGUGACAAUGAGGAGGGAGAAAUGUGUGGCCCCCUGUCCGCUAAUUCCAAGGAUGAACCACCACAGAGUGAGGAAAAGGUGGAAAAAGCUUUAGAGAGACAUGGGUGCACAGACAGUGGGGCUGUCACCAACAAAAGGGAAGAAGACAGGAUGAGAGGUGAUGGUAAUAACACUCCGAACUGUAGAAAGGGCAACAGCUCCCAGUCUAAAUCUGAAGCAAAUCAAGAGAAAGGCUGUGUUGAAGAUGACAAAGAACACCAGGAACCCAUUGGAGCUUCUAGGGCAGCACGAAAAGCUCGAAAACCAGACCGAGAGUUGUAUCAACCUGGGAGCCGACGAAGCAUCCAGGGAAAAGAGUGUGGAGUUGGAAAAGAGCAGGAUACGCCUCCCCCUAGCAAGAACAGGCAAAAAACUGAGUCCCAGAUAAGUACAGGGGAAAGAGAGGGGGACCGACAAAUGUGUAUACAAGAGAAGGGAGGGAAGGAUAUAGAAAUAAAGGUUAAACAGGACAACAUAAAAUUGCCUAAUUCCAAUGAGGCAAACCAAAAGCAAGGAGGCCGAGAUAUUGCAAAAAAAGCCUUUCCCGCUGAUGCUAUGUUGGACAAAAUGACUAGCAAAAUAGAUAAACUUAGCAUGAAAGAAAAGGUGGGAUGUGACAGCCAAGUCAUUGAUGGGUUAAGUUGCGAGCGAGGGGAAACAUCUUCCAAGGAAAAGAGAGGCCAAGGUAGAGGAACAAAAGAGGAGGAGGAAAAGGUAGAAAAGAAACGGGAAAAAGGAAACCGCAACAGAAGGGGAGACGAUAAGGAAAGGGAGAAUAAUCCAGAUUCCAGACGAGGGAAAGAGGAAGCAGGUGGUGGAGGUAAGGGUGAACGGGGGAACGCUGAGAAGGAAAGAGGCAAGAGAGCAGCAGAUGCAGAUAGGGAUAAUAAACCAGGUAACCAAGGAGAGUCAGACCAAAGCAAAGGAAGAGAGAAUCGCAGAGACAGCAAAAGAGGAGACAACAACAACAACAACCGGUCGAGAGAUGCUGAAAAAGAUUCUAAAAAAGAAAGAAACGCAGUAAGGCCAGUAGAAGGAGGCGAUAGAAACAAAUCCAAUACUAACAAAUCCACAACGCCAACCUCAAAACGCUACUCCAAAUCAGAUAUCCGCCGCUCGCGGAAUCGAACUUACAGCAGUAGCUCAGCCAGCAGCGUGACCAGCCUGGAUGGCCCUCGAGUAAGGAUGGAUGUGGAGCGUACCAAGUGGCCAGAGCCCAAGCAAAAAGAGGGGGUUACUACAAGUGGAGCAGGACGGAGAAGUCAUUUGAAAAGCUGGACAACCAACGAGGAAUCCUCUACAGAAUCAAUGGAAGGGAGUGAGAUGAGUGACAAAGCAGAAGACAGGAAAAGAACAGGUGGAAGGGAAGAACCAAGUGCAGAGAGGCGGCGGGUAGAAAGGAACAGACCAAAUGGAACCAGAGGGGGAGAUAGGGGAAUCCUAAGGGUCUCUCUAGAAAAACUGCCAGGUACCCCAUCACGCGGUGCCAUAUCACAACAUCGCACGCCAGGCUUGGUUCCUCGGGGCAGAGGUGGGGGUAUCCUGGUGCUUCCUGCUCGCACAGACAUCUCUCAUUCUCCUGAGGUCGGGCAGAGGCUUCUUUUUGGUGGAAUCCGCGGAGGGGGAGCCGCCAGAAGUAGAGGAGGCCGAGGGGGAGGAGUGAGGCGACUGUGGGAUCCGAACAACCCCGACCAGAAGCCUGCUCUUACCAGCACCCAAUCCUCUCAGAAUUCAUCUCGCCAGCAGCCUGUAUAUCUUCAGACAGGGGCUGGGAUUGGUCAACUUCACUUCCUGGACACAGACGAUGAGGCAGCAGGCAGUCCUCCAGUCGCGCAGGGUGAUCACUUUCGAGCCCAGCAGGUCGCUGCCAUGGCCUAUUACAAAUUCCAAAACUCUGACAACCCCUACGGCCACCCCGUGCCGGCCAGCAACCCACAUAGUCCCAGCAGCACCACCGGCCCGCGCUAUUCAUAUCCUUAUCAUAUGGGUCCCUACCAAAUGGCUCCCCCUAAUGGCAUGUACCCUGGCCUCGGCGUGGGUCAGUUCUGUGGGAGUUACAGGGGAGCAGGUUACUCCCAGCCUGGAGCAGGAGGUAGUUUGACAUUGGAAGAGGUGGAGCAACAAGCUAGAGGGGAGCUGGGGAGGAUGCUGAGGGCUGCGGACGCGCAGGAGCUUCAGCUCAGUAACCUGCUGUCCAGGGACAGAGUGAGUGCGGAUGGACUGGAACGCAUGGCCCAGCUCAGAGCUGACAUUUUGGGGCUCUACGAGCAGGUCAUCCUGACGGACAUCGACUACUCUGACUCGCAGAACGUGGAUCAGGCUUUGUGGAAGAAUGUCUUUUACCAGGUCAUAGAGCGCUUCCGGCAGCUACUCAAAGACCCCACCUAUGAAAACACACCUCAUGUCAAGAACAUGCUGCUCACGCUGCUUGAUGAGGGGGCCCUUUUCUUUGAUGCGCUGCUACAGAAGCUGCAGACAGUGUACCAGUUUAAGCUACAGGACUACAUGGAUGGCAUAGCUAUCAGGGCUCGGCCGUUACGUAAAACGGUGAAGUAUGCACUUAUCAGUGCUCAGCGCUGCAUGAUUUGUCAGGGAGAUAUAGCGCGCUACCGGGAACAAGCCAGUGAUUCAGCCAACUACGGCAAGGCUCGCAGCUGGUACCUGAAAGCCCAGCAGAUCGCCCCCAAAAAUGGACGACCAUAUAACCAGCUGGCCCUUCUGGCAGUCUAUACAAAUAGGAAGUUGGAUGCUGUGUAUUAUUACAUGCGAAGCUUGGCAGCUUCCAACCCCAUCCUGACUGCUAAGGAAAGCCUGAUGAGUCUGUUUGAAGAAGCUAAGCGUAAGAUAGAGCAGCUUGAGCGAAGGAGGAGACAGGAGCACCAAGGAGGCUCCAGGGGCCCAGCAGUCAAAGGAAGAGGGCGAGGGGAGGAUGGCGCACGUGUGGAGAUUUGGAUUCGCCCGAGCGGACAAGCGGCGACCCCGUCCUCUCAGAGAGGCGGCAGUGAAUCCAGCAGAGACUCGGAACAGGACGGAGAACUGGGCAGUCUCAGCGCUAGUGAUCUAAAUAAGAGAGUCAUUCUGAGCUUCCUGCAUGCACAUGGAAAGCUCUUCACUAAAGUGGGAAUGGAGUCCUUCCCCGGGGUGGCCACCCGUGUUCUGCUGGAGUUUAAGACGCUGCUCCAGCAUGGCCCUUCCCUACUGGGCAGCACGCACAUGCUGCAGAUCAUCACCAUCAACAUGUUCACAAUACACAAUGCCCACAGCAGAGCUGAAGACAAGGAGGUGCGGUCUGUUUUACAAGAGCAGAGCACCGCCCUGGGUCUGGGGAUGUUUGCACUGCUGGUGCAGCGCUGCACAGAGCUGCUCAGGGAAACUCCUACAGAACCAGUCCCCAUGGCAGAUGGAGAGGAAGGGGGUAAAGGGGAGGAGCUUGAGGGUAUGGUGAGGGUCUCUGCCUUCUCAUUGGAUCUUAGAGAGCUGCUGCCAAGUAUCAAGGUGUGGUCUGACUGGAUGUUGGGACAACCAGACCAGUGGAACCCACCACCGUGCAGCAUAGAUGGCAGCCCUGAUGUGUGGCAGUGCCUGGCUGACCUUUGCAACAUGCUGGCACGUGUGGACCAUGAGGAAGUGCCGCUGUACAAAGCUGACACUGAAGAAGUUGAGGGAGAUGAGGAGCUGACUGUGCUGCAGCUGAAGGAGGACCGGCUGCUUGCUGGCUUUGUACCACUGCUUGCUGCACCGCAGGAGCCUUGUUACACAGACAGACACACUGACGUGGCAAUAGCAGCAGAUUGUAAGAGAGUGACGGUGCUGAAGUACUUUCUGGAGGCUUUGUGUGGACAGGAAGAGCCUCUGUUGGCCUUCAAGGGAGGGAAAUACAUCUCUGUGGCAACUUCUCCUCCACCUAACCACUCCAAGAAUACAAAGAGCCAGCAGGACUCUCUAACAGAGAAAGAGGCUGAUGAUGUCAUAGUUGAGGGAGAGUCGUCUCUCUCCGCAUCAGAGGGAGAGGAGGAUGCCGAAGAUGUGGGAGACAGUGAGAAUGACAUCAGACAACUGAAGGCGCGACGCCAUGUUCUCACCAACAAACUGGCACAGCAACAGAAGCGCAGGGAUCAAAUACAGGCGGUGCUGCAGACGGGUGGGCAGCUGGAGCUGGAAGUGAGGCCUCUGUUUUUGGUUCCAGAUACCAACGGAUUCAUUGAUCACUUGGAAGGCUUGAAGAAACUCCUUCAGUGUGGAACAUACAUAAUAGUUGUGCCACUCAUCGUGAUUACAGAAUUAGAUGGCUUAGCUAAGGGCCAGGACAACUUUGCUGGAGGAAUGGGACCGGGAGGGCGCAGCACUGGUGGUCGUGGUAACUACAAUGUUAGUGCGACCCAUGUGCGAGCCGUGCAGGAGAAGGCCCGGCAGGCAGUGGUUUUCCUAGAGAAAGGUUUCGAAGCCAGGGAACCGUGUCUCAGAGCUCUGACAAGCAGGGGAAACCAGCUUGAGUCUAUCGCCUUCCGCAGUGAAGACACCUCUGGACAGCAGGGUACCAAUGAUGAUGUGAUUCUGUCCUGCUGCCUCAACUACUGCAAAGACAAGGCGAAAGAUUUCAUGCCUGAUCAGAGAAGUUGUCCCCCACACCUAGACGGGACAGUGAGGCUUCAAAGGGAGGUGGUGCUCCUUACAGAUGACCGUAACCUGCGCGUCAAAGCUCUGACCCGCAACGUCCCAGUCCGAGACAUCCCGGCUUUCCUCAGCUGGGCCAAAGUGGGCUGAACCAGGCUAAGCUGGAAUCAAAGGAACCCAACUGUGGAAGCCUGCUUGCCACCCAGCCACGAGAGAAGACACACUUAAGCAGAGGAGGAGGAGAUGGCAGGGAAGAGGAAAUAAAUAAGAAAGAGUAGAACCACUUCUUAUGAAAUUCAAGCAAAUGUAGUGAGAGCAGGGUGGGUUAAAUGAGCUUUUUCCCCCUUGUGUUGAGGUGUGUGUGUAUGUAUGUGUUAAGAUCAGUGAGCUUCCCCUGGAAAGAGACAGGGAGACUUGACAAGUCUCAGAAUUGCUGGACUGGAAGGCAGGAAGGGUAAACAUUGAGUGAUUGGGUUUGUGAGUUGUCUGGUCCGGCCUUGAGUCUCUGCGCCUAGUUGGCGAGUGUGUGCUCUGCAAGCGGUAUGAUAUUUGAGGCUGAUGAUAAAAUGAGGCAGUGAGAAAGAGAGUGUUUAUGGUCAUUCAAUUGAUUAAAGACAGCUGUACUGAAGGCCAAAACUGGCACUUCCACACUCUCUUAGGGCCAAGUCACAGACUGCUGUGUUGCCUAUAGCAGAGCCGAGAGAGGUAGGCACAGCUGGAGGGUCUUUUUCAGUGCUGUUAAAGUGGCUGAUUGUAGUGAGCGUAAUUUGGCCCAAAAGCAACCUCGGCACAUCCAAGGAAUUUCAUGCAGGUGUGGCAUUUCCUGCUAAAACAGGAAGUUCUUGGUGCAUGACAGGUAACUUUAGUUUUCCCUCCAGCUGCAUACUAAUAGUGUGCUUGGCUGAUGUAAGAAAACGAUUUAAAACACAAACAACAACAAAACACAUUGGUUAUUUAUUGAUUUUGUUUUGCAGCUUUUGUUUCCUGCUUAGAUACAUUUUCUCCACUUUGAACAUUUGAUAAAAAGCAUAUGUGAAUCUUUCCUGGUUUGUUUUUUGUUUUACAUAUUGGUGAAAUAAUUUGUUUCUGUUUUUGAUCAGCUUACAAAAUCACAGAUAUGUGAUGACUACUCAGUUGGCUUAUUAUCCAACCCCCUAAUUUGCAAAUACUGUUGGACCCAGGUCUGCUUUAGAGAGCCGCAAUGUGAGGAGAAGGUUAGUUCCUAUACAUUGACUUGCUGAUGUCUCUUAUCGAGUGCCAUUGGUGAAUUAGCUGUUUCUUCUAUUUCAUCUUUUUCUCCAGUCUUAAAAAUGUGAUUGAUCACCAGUUGCAGUUUUCCUCUCCAUUCUGCUUUUCCUUUCUUUUUUAAGGUCCUAUCUAUAUCUUUUUCUCUUUAGUAUACAUCAGGAAUUCGGCCACAAAUUACAGCCUUCACUUCACUUCUACUUCAACUUAGAGCAACGCAUUGCUGAUAAAUUGUCUAAAACAUUCAACACACAGGAACUAUUUGUGUUGGGACAGUUUGAGGAGAUACUGAGUUAUGGUCUAUGUUUCUGUCUGCAUUUGAGAAGGUGUCUGGAGUAGUUAUACACCUUUGUUAUCUUGUUAUGUUUCAUCAUACGCAAUACAUUCAGUUGUCAAAGUUUCAUAAUAUUAAUUUAAAAAUAAUAUUGUAUUCACAGCUGUCUACUCUGCUUUGCACCUUGUAUUUUUUCAGCUUGGCUUGUACAAUUUCCAUCAACACUUAAUGUUUCAGUAUUUGUGAGAAUCUCUAGAGAGGUUUAUUAGCUUUUUCAGGCCUUUUUCUUCUGUUGUUACAUUAUGUUCAAUCUACUAUGUUAAGUGACCCAGCUGCAGUUUGUAGUGUAGGAACAAAUGUAGAAAAAUACAUGGUCAAUUCAACAAAUCUUAUUUUCAUCUAUCGUUAUUAAAAAUCUUUUGAUGGCA